CUCAAAGGGCGAAAGCAAAAACAGCAAAAAAGGAAGAUGGCAAGCCGGUGGUUACUCUUCCUCCCAGGGCUUGUGGUGGUGUGUGCCGUGCACGGGAUAUUUAUGGACAGACUUGCCUCCAAGAAGCUGUGUGCAGAUGACGAGUGUGUCUAUACUAUUUCUCUGGCCAGAGCUCAAGAAGAUUACAAUGCCCCAGACUGUAGAUUCAUUAAUGUCAAAAAAGGGCAGCGGAUCUAUGUUUACUCAAAGCUGGUAAAAGAAAAUGAAGCUGGAGAAUUUUGGGCUGGCAGUGUGUAUGGCGAUCAGCAGGAGGACGAGAUGGGAACCGUGGGUUAUUUCCCCCGCAACUUGGUCCAGGAGCAACAUGUGUACCAGGAAGCCACCAAGGAAGUCCCCACCACGGAUGUUGAUUUCUUCUGCGAGUAAGAAGUCAGACAAAUGGACAGAUAGAAAGGAAACACCAAAAAUAAAGAAAAAAGCAAAAACAA